AUGAAUACAUUUCAUGAAUAUUAAUUAUAAGUACCUGUGGUGAAACAACUUGAAAAAAUUAAUGAAUCCUAAAAUUUAGAAGGAAGUCUUGCUUUAAACAAUGAGAGAUUAAGUUUAAAAUAAAAGAAAUUAGAAAUAAGAGUAUUUUAUAUUAUUUUUUUAUUAGCAUAUUACUUCAAACAGAUUAAUACCGAUUACCAAUGAAAAAUUACCAAGAUUAUCCUAAAGUAAAUCACCACAAUAAUCAGUAAAACUUGGAAGAGCAAUAACAGAAUAUGAAUCAUCAAAUAAAUAAUCAACGAUUAAACCUUUUUUUAAAACAAAUUUUGAUAAUGAUUCAUCCAACUAUACUGAUGAUGAAAAAGGAAAAAUCAAAUUCAAGAGAGAUGAAAAAAAAUUAAAAACAAAUAUCUACAAAACAGGAAUCUUUGAUAAUGUUUAAAAUAAAAAGUUUGCUGAAUUUGUAGAAUAAAUAGAGAAAAUUAAAAAAUAAUUAGAAGCUUUGUAGGUAUAUUUUUUUAUAAAUUUUCAAGAAAUAUUUGAAUAAUUCAAGAAAAGUUUUCUUAGUUGUAAGAAAUAUUGUUGAAAAAAGAAAAAAUUUAAGAAAAGUUUUAUUAAAAAAUGGCAAAGAUGAACUUGUUGAUCUUUCUGAAAUAGAAAAAUUUUGUAGCGUUAAAGAAUUUAUUACUAUCAAUGGAGAACAAAAACUUAUUGAUAAAUUAAAUAUAUCAUUAUUAGAUGAUAUUAUUUAUGCUAAUGAAGUUUUGGAGAAUUUGAAAAUAUAAAAUGAAAUUCUUGAUAUGAAAAAAAUUGCUGAUUAAGUAAAUUUUAAGAUAAAUUAUGAUUAUAAUAGAAAAAAAUUAAAUAAGCAGGUUAAAUAAAAUUUUAAAAAUUAAUUAAGAAGAAGAAUUGAAAUUAUCUUUUACUUCUGCUGCAAUGUCUAGAUUUAAUUUACAUGA